AUGGCUCCAAAACUGAAGGAAAAAGAGUCUCGUUCAGUGGGGGCUUCUGUGUCAGAGGGGAGUUCCGUCGCUGGGAACUUUGUGCCACCGAACUUCGCCUUGGUCGACACGGCCAAAGGACCAAAGCUGGUGCUGACAUUCAUAGUGCUGGCAGCUGAGAGGGCCUACGACACCUAUCGUUCAAGAGAGGCCCUCAAUGUGCGUGGUGCAAAGGGAGGGCAAUUAUCGUUGGCUUUGGCUCUCGUCGGCCACGACCGGCUUGGCACAAUUUCGCUGGCACUGCUCGCUCACGGCACUUCCCCGAUCGGGAUUACCGAUUCGGCACCGGCACUCAUACCGACUCCGGUGGCACUGCUCGGGUCGGCAUCUGUACAGCCCCGGGAGCUGUCUGGCGUGGCAGGCGAUGUGUUCUCCGCUUUCAAGGUGCCGGACCCAGCAGACCCCCAGGGCCUGAGUGAGCAUGAGCUUCUCGUUCUGCAUGCCGAGAUCAAGGCCCUUCAAGCUCGCUACAGCUUGAGCUAUGCAGAAGCAGCACAUCGCCUGGAGAUCGCGGAGAUCAAGGAAUUGGAGGCGAACGUCACAGCAAUGAAGGCUUUUGCCGUUAUCGAAGAACGCAUUAAGAACAGCAUCAUUCAUGAUAUCCGUCCCCCCAUCGCACGUAUCGACUGUGGGGAUUUCGACAACAGCAACUUUGCAAAGGGGACCAUUGGGGCUGGCAGUCCUCCCGGGAAUGCGAGCUCAUCUAACAGCAAGGGGACUGGGCAGUAA